AUGGCCACGGCAACCCUCAUCGCACCUUUCUCCUCAAACUAUCCCCAUCCCUCAUCCGGUGCCGGUGCCAGCACCCCCAACAUGAUUUCUUCUGUGGAACCUCGGAAGCCGGCCGACGACCAUGAGCCUCCGAGCCAUCAAUCGCUUCACUUAAUCUCGGAGGUCAUUCACGGGACCAAACCAGGCCCUUAUUCUCCUGGGCCUCUCUCUAGCAUUCAGCCGGAGUUCAGUCUUCCGUCGCCUUUCGUUCCCGCUCCUCGAUCGUUCCCCGAGACUGAGAAGCACUCCUCUCCACAGUUGCUGCACCCGGCUUCAUCCUUCCCUCCCCGACAAGAUACUCUUCCCGCCUUCUCGGAUUCUCCUCGGCCACCUUUCACCAGCCGGCCGUCACUUCCUCCUGUCUCUGACCGCCUCCAGAGUCCCUCAGCCAAACCGGAGAUUCCUCCCCAGCAUCACCACCCCGAGCAGCAGAAGCCCCCGGAGGCUCACCAUCCUCUCAACAGAGUGUAUGCGCAACCUCCCCCGCCACCUCUGCCACCGGCUCUAGUUGCCUACCGACCCUGCCAACUACUUCCUUGCCAGAUGCCUCUGCCCGCUUAUUCGAUCUCUCCCAGGCACACGGUUCCUCCUCAUGUCCUAGCACCAUAUGAUCCCAGGGUACCUCCUCAUACCGAAGAGGCCGAUUACGCUACCCGAGCUCGACAUGAUGCUACAGUCGAUAGACACUCUGAGAGCUGGAGCUAUCCAUAUUCGUUGAGCCAAGUGAAUCGAAAUAAGCUCGUAUGCAAGGUCUUUAAUGCUGACUAUCUUCAGAUUGGGUCCUUAUCCGGCACAAUUUUUAGCUUUGCCGAAGCGUACAGCCGAAUUGCCCAAGAGCAGCACGGAGCUCACCCCAUCCCCAAAAGACUACCGACAGAACAGGAAGUCAGCGACAUGCUCAGCAACAUUGAGCGCAUUAAGCGUUCUUUGGAACAGAUGAAGGACUUAGUGCAAACAUCAAUUCAGAACGAGCGAGCUCGUGAAGGAGCCAAGUUGAAGGAUCCCAACGAAGAGAAGCACGAGGUGCCCAUGCACAGAGAUGCAAUGAAGCCCCAGCAUGGUAUGCCAGAGGUCAAGAAGCGACGAGGGCGUGCGGUUCCCCCUGGCAGAUGCCAUAGCUGCAACCGAAUUGACACCCCUGAAUGGCGACGCGGACCUGAUGGAGCGAGGACGCUGUGCAAUGCAUGCGGCCUCCACUAUGCCAAAUUGGAAAGGAAACUGCAACUUGAGGCGAGGUCGAUCCGCCCACAACCCGAAGAAGCACACCGGCCAUGA